AUUGCGCAUGUGCAACUAAAGAACAGGAAGUUCCAUGAACACAAUUUACGAAAAAUGCAAAUAACUGUGACAACACUGUCAGAUCAAAUUUUCACGCUAGACGUGAGCGAUGAUUUAGAAUUAGAGAAUUUUAAAGCAUUGUGUGAAUUUGAAAUCGGCAUACCUGCUAAGGAAAUUGCCAUAACAUGGAACGGAAAACCCAUUCAAGAGGAUAAACGCUCCCUGUCAAGUUAUGGGAUAAAACAUGGGGACAUGUUACUCCUUCAACAUAAUAGAGGUGCCCAAGGUUUACAACAGUCUAUGCCUAGGCAAGGAGGUUUUGACAUAGAUUUCAGCAGUGUACCAAUACCAGGAACCAGUCAACAGUCAGCAGCUAGAACCCAGCCCCCGGACCCUGAAGAUCCUGCUUAUAUCAGAGAAUUACUCUUGAAGAAUCCACAUGAACUUUCACUUCUAAGGGAAAGAAAUCCAGAAUUAGCAGAGGCCUUAAUAAAUGGAACCUUUGAAAAAUUCAAAGAUGUUUUACAAAGACAGACAAGAGAAAGGAAAGAAAAAGAAAUGGAGAGAAUACAGUUAAUGAAUGCAGAUCCUUUUAGUGCUGAAGCUCAAAAGAUGAUAGCAGAGGAAAUCAGAAUGAAAAAUGUUGAAUCAAACAUGGAGACAGCAAUAGAGUAUGCCCCUGAAAGUUUUGGUCAAGUGGUCAUGUUAUACAUUGAUUGUGUAGUUAAUGGACACCAUGUCAAAGCCUUUGUAGAUUCAGGUGCUCAGAUGACAAUAAUGAGUGAAGCUUGUGCAGAAAGAUGUAAUAUAAUGAGACUGGUGGACAGACGAUGGGGUGGCAUAGCCAAAGGUGUGGGGACACAACAGAUUAUAGGCAGGGUGCAUUUAGGACAGAUACAGAUAGGAAAAGAUUUUUUACAGUCAUCAUUUUCUAUAUUAAAAGAUCAACCAAUGGACAUGUUACUGGGAUUAGAUAUGCUCAAAAGACAUCAGUGUUGUAUUGAUCUAAAAAGAAAUGUAUUAGUAAUUGGAACAACUGGCACAGAAACUAGAUUCCUGGAUGAGACAGACUUACCAGGCCAUGCUAGACUAAAUGUAGGUCCAAUGUCACCUAAAGCUGCUGAAGAAGAAGAUAAAUUAUUGGCAGAGGCAAUACACAAGUCACAAACAGAACAACAAGCGACAGCAGGUGCUACCAGCAAUACCAAUACAAAUUCAUCCUCAAACACUCCAUCUUUUCCUGAACAAGUGAUUAAACCUUUAAUGGAUUUAGGAUUUCCACGAGAGGCUGUUUUACAUGAACUGACUUUGGCAAACGGCAAUUCUCAACAAGCCAUGGGAGCAUUAUUUGCUAAAAGUUUGAAAGUUCCAGAUGGUCCAAAACAGUAGUUAUUAUCAAUAAAACAACAAUAUUCUUUA